AAGACCAAAUCAACAUCUACCUAACCCCUCUCAGAGCUCUGGCCAUCAGCAGAAAAGGUCAGUGGGGAGCCAGGGUUCCUUUCUUCUUCUUGGCUAACUACCAGUCGGGAGAGCAGGGAUAGCUCUGGGCUCAGUCUGUUCUGAAAGCACCUUUGAAAGUAGCAGGGCCACUGAGGACCAGAGCUUGGAGAGAAAAGUGUGAGAGAACCCAGAGGCCCCAAGAUUCCUCAGGCCAAGCUGAAGUUGAGGGAGCCUGCUGAGUCAUGCUUGGUCAGGUCCUUUGAUGAAUGUGGGGAAAUCCCUGAGUCUUUGGAGCCAUGAGGCAGGGAUGAAGAGGCCCCUGCAGAACAGGCCAGGUCACCAAACUCUUCAUUCCCAGGUUCCCAUGCUCCUAGGGGAUGGGGAGGCCAGAAGACCCUCAUUGCUCACAGCUCUGUGUUCUCCCCCUCCCUCAGAGCAAAGACAAGGCUCAGACAUUCCCCAGAGUUUAAAGGCCCACUGCAAAAGACUCUCUCUACAGGUACAGAUACCACGCACCCCCCCACCCCCACCCCUUGAGAAACCUCUCCAAAAAUGGGAUAUCCCCCUCCCUGCCCCCUCCUCAGGGACACUGAUUGUUCUCCCAUUUCUUCCAAAAUCUGAUUACAGAAUUUCCCCCAUCCCUGGGGGCACAUAUGGCCCUCAUCCCCCCAAAACCUCACAGUGAGCUCCAGGAAUAGCCCACUUCUCUUCAGGGGACAAAUGCUCCUCCUUUCUCUGAUUCCUCCAGGAUGCAGCGACAUCCCCUCCCCUCCACAUAUAAGAAUCCUCUUGAGAUACUUUCCCACAAGUGGAGAGAAUCCCUUACAUCGAACAUGUAUGAAGCUCCUUGCCGGCCCCCACCGUCACCCCCCAAACCAACCAAGGGAUAGUGCUGGUUUCAAUUCCUAUCGCCCCCAAAGGUCAUUUUGCCCACCUCUGGUAGUAUGUAGAGAGGGAAACCUGGCCCCCUCCUCCCAGAGUGUUUCUCUCUCCUGGGAAUGCACGCCCCCUUUCGCCAGUGGGGCUGCACAAGUAGAGGAGCGCGCAUAGGAGAGGUAAGUGAGUUAGAGGGGUCUAGGGAAGGGGGCGGGACCAGGAGGGACAAAUGGCUCCGCCCCACCCUGGGUGGAGACUUCGCCGUCGGUCGUCGCGUAUAAGAGCCAGAACGAGGCUGCAGUCCCUAGCGUUGGUUUGUCUCUCCUUUGUGAAUUUAUAUCCAUUUUCUUUCUCCCUUGACCCCUCCCGUCCGCGAGUUCCGAAUUCUAUUGCGCGUGUCCCCAUCCGUUUGUCCGAGUUCUCCACAGCUAUCGCCGGCGCUGACCAUGGAGCGACUGACGGUGAAAGCCUACCUUAUGGGCAAGGAAGAGACGGCCCGCGAGAUCCGCCGCUUCACCCUGGAUCCUGUAGACGGCCCGGGUCGCUGCGAGCAGCUUCUCCGACGCGUGGCCGAAGUGUUCCCGGCGCUGCGUCCCGGGGGCUUCCAGGCGUACUACCGAGAUGAAGAUGGGGACCUGAUUGCAUUUUCCAGUGAUGAGGAGCUAGGCAUGGCCAUGUGCUACAUUAAAGAAGAAAUCUUGCGGAUAUACAUUAAAGAGAAAAAGGAGUGUAAGCGGGAGCAUCGUCCCCCUUGCGCCCAGGAGGUUCCCACCAACAUGGUGCACCCCAACGUGAUCUGUGAUGGCUGCAAUGGGCCAGUGGUGGGGAAUCGCUUCAAAUGUACCAUCUGCCCUGACUACGACCUGUGCAACACCUGUGAGGCCAAAGGCCUUCACAAGGAGCAUAACAUGAUCCUCUUUCAGAAUCCCUUCAACCACCCUGAGUGGAAUUCUCGCAGACGUUGGCUUCAGAAGAUGAGACAUGGGCCGAAUUUCCCACCUUUUGGUGGAUGGAUGCCAGGCUGCUGGGGAUUCUUUCCUCCUGAUGCCCUGAAUCAGAUUGCUGCCCAGGCCCAAUCGAACAGGACUCCUCCUACUCCAGGAGCAGAACAAGCUAGUACCAGUUCACAACAGGACCCCAAUGUCACCUUCCUGCAGAAUGUAGGGGAAAGUGUGGCUGCUGCUCUUAGCCCUCUGGGGAUUGAUGUUGACAUUGAUGUGGAGCAUGGUGGGAAAAGGAGCAAAGUGACUCAAUCCUUCUCUCAGCCCAGCAGUGAGGAGAAGGGGAGCCCUCAACCAAGCAGUUCUUCUUCCAGUCAGAGCCAAGCAAACACCCAAAAUUCUGAAAUGGAAAUGACCCUCUCUGAGAAAAUGCAGAAGAUAAUUUUGGCCUCUUGCAGCAUGGAAGUGGAUAAGAAUCCCUUAGCUCAAGAACAGACAGAGACUGGAAAUUCUUCAGGAGGAGAUGAUGACUGGACUCACUUGUCUUCUAAAGAAGUGGAUCCUUCCACAGAAGCAGAUCCCUGCUUGAUUGAGUCCCUCUCCCAGAUGUUGUCCAUGGGCUUCUCCGAUGAGGGAGGCUGGCUCACCAGACUCCUGCAGACCAAGAACUACGACAUUGGGGCCGCUCUCGAUGCCAUCCAGUAUUCCAAGCACCCACCUCACCCCUAGAGAUUCCUGCUCUUCUAAAACUUCCUCAACCAACUUUUCAUUGACCUGAGUUAAGCUCAUCUUUGUGAAGGUUAUUUCUGUGUUCAGUCAUGUUAGAAAAGCCAUAUUGUUAGUUCACUUUUUGCAUAUACUGUUGUGAGCACCAGAGCCACCCACCCCUGACUCUUAUUUCAAAGGGGGAGACAGGAAACAAAGGAUGAUGGAACUAGCUUCUUCUGAGGAAAGAGGAGAGCAUGAAAUGAAGGGUGUCUUUGUUCCCAGUCUUUGUUUCCAUUUUCCUUUAGCUGUGGUGUAAGAGAAUUGUACUAGUUGUCUUAAACCUCUGUAGCCAUUCUGCAGUUAAAACAGUUAAACUUGUGAAGAAUUAAUGUUGCUUUCUUUUGGUGGGAAAAAUUGCCAUAAUCCAACACCAUUCAUUCAAUAAACAUUUAUUCAGCCUUU